UUGUCAAAUUGUUCCUGAAUCCAUCAAUCAUAUUUUCCUAAGCUGUGAUUUCUCAAAGAGAGUCUUUUUUUCUCCCCCUCUUGGUGUCCGUCUGCCAAAUGAAGGCAGUGUGUAUGACUGGCUCUCAGCUAUGCUCAUUGUGCAUAUCUCUACUUGAUAAAGCACAAUUCAUUCACAAUGAUCAUUGUGCACAUCCGUCUAUCAUUUCUCUUGUGUCCUUCACUUAUUUAACUUCUCUCCUUUCUCUUAAAAAAAAACCCCAAAACCAAAACCAUUCAUUCACAUUCCAUUUUUCAAAUCUAAAAAAAAAAAAACAUCAUCGUCACUUGUUAUCAUUAAAUCAAACAACUAUUACUAUGAUGUUACCAAACCCUACACCCACCGUCCCCGACGCCGUCGCUCGCUACCACACCCACGCUGUCUCUCCCAACCAGUGCUGCUCCGCCGUCAUCCAAGAAAUCGCCGCUCCCGUUUCCACCGUCUGGUCCGUCGUCCGUCGCUUCGACAAUCCCCAAGCUUACAAACACUUCGUCAAAAGCUGUCACGUCAUCCUCGGCGACGGUGACGUCGGCACUCUCCGUGAAGUCCGUGUCAUCUCCGGCCUCCCCGCCGCCGUCAGCACCGAACGACUCGAAGUCCUCGACGAUGAACAACACGUCAUCAGCUUCAGUAUGAUCGGCGGAGAUCACCGGCUGGCUAACUACCGUUCUGUCACCACUCUUCACCCUAGUCCGAUCUCAGACUCCGACGGUAACCACCGCACAGGCACCGUCGUUGUUGAGUCUUACGUCGUUGACGUGCCGCCGGGGAAUACCACUGAUGAUACUUGUGUCUUUGUUGAUACCAUCCUUCGGUGCAAUCUUCAAUCUCUAGCGAAAUUUGCAGAGAAUUUGUCCUCAACAAGAUCAAAUCAACGAUAAAUUCAUCACAAUUUUUUUGUUUAAAUUCUCAUCUUUUACCAUUUCUUUAGUUGUAAUAAUAUUAGUAAUCAAGUUGUAAUAUAUUUUUAUUUUUAUUUAUGCGAGUUUAAUGUUGUAUUGGAACAUUGGGUAGAUAAGUUUCUAUGACCUGAAAUCAAAUGUUGUGAGCUUUUGAAAUUUUGAGCUUUCCAUAAGUUAAGGCAAAUGUGAUGAAGACAUGAUUUCGGAUACGAGAUUUUGAGUUCGAAGUCUGCGUUGAUAGAUUAGUUUCUACAAUUACGUACAAAAAUACUCUCUUUGCAUAUAUAUUUGUCUGAGCAUCUAUAGUUACGUGUAAAAAUACGCUGCAUUGCGUGCAGAAAUAGUCUAUGCAUAUAGAUUAGUCUGAGCAGUUAUGCGCAGAAAUAAUACUUGAUUUUAUAAAUUCUUUACUUUCAUGAUCUCACCUAUUC